AUGCCCUCGCCUCUCCCGCGGCGCAGUCACCUCCUGGGCGAGUUUUCGCCGUCUGUGGACUCCGGGCCCUGGAGUAGCCCCUCGGAGCUCCCGGGUAGGGCAGGGCAGCUCUUCCUGGAGGCCACUCCUCCCAGGGCCCCGCGGCUGCCACGCCGGCUGGCCUGGUGCUUCAUUGACUGGGAACAGGUGUGCUUCCUACAGAGGCUGGGAGCCGGGGGCUUCGGCUCAGUGUACAAGGCAACUUACCACGGCGUGAUCGUGGCCAUAAAGCAAGUGAACAAGUACACCAAGAACCGACUGGCAUCCCAGCGCAGUUUCUGGGCUGAGCUCAACAUAGCAAGGCUUCGCCACGAGAACAUCGUGGGGGUUGUGGCUGCCAGCACGCGCACACCCGUGGGCUUUAAUAGUUUAGGCACCAUAAUCAUGGAGUUUGGUGGCAAUGUCACUUUACACCAAGUCAUAUACGGUGGUACCAGCUGCCCUGAGGAGGAGGAGCAGGAGGAAGAGGAGGAGGAGGUGGAGCCUCCCUGCUGUGCAGGAGAGCAGCUAACUUUGUCCAAGUGUCUGAAGUAUGCCCUGGAUAUUGCGAAUGGACUGCUCUUCCUUCACUCACAAAGCAUUGUGCACUUGGACCUGAAGCCGGCUAACAUUUUGAUCAGUGAACAGGAUGUCUGCAGAAUCGGUGACUUUGGUUGUUCUGAGAAGCUGGAAAAUCUCCCUUGCUUCCAGACUCCUUCUUACCACCUAGGCGGCACAUACACCCACCGAGCCCCAGAGCUCCUGAAAGGAGAGACCCUAACACCCAAAGCUGAUAUCUAUUCUUUUGCCAUCACUCUCUGGCAAAUGGCUACCAAGGAGGUGCCUUACUUGGGGGAGCGUCAGUACGUGCUCUACGCUGUAGUGGCCUAUAAUCUCCGACCGUCUCUCUCAGCAGCUGUCUUCACCGACUCCAUUCCCGGGAAAAGACUGGAGAAGAUGAUUCGGGGCUGCUGGAGGGCCAAUGCCUUGCAGAGGCCAAGUGCAGAAGCUCUCCUGGUUGACCUUCACUCCCUGAAAGCUGAAUUUGGCUGA